AUGAAGUUCUCCUCCAUUAUUCUCGCUGUCUUUGCUCUGGCUACUACUGGCAUUGCCCAGAAGACCUGCACCCCCAGCUUCGAUUAUUGCUCUGAUGUGUUGAUUAAGGACAAGGGCUUCACCGAGGCCGAUCUCAAAGAUGUCCUCAAGGGAACCGACCUGGAAAACGAGGACCUGGAGAAUGUUUUGUUCCAUUGCAAAAACCCCGGUGACGUCGGUCACCCCAAGCUGUGCAAGAGUGGAUGCAAAGACCCCGCGACUGAGGGUAGCCACUCAUGCGACGCCUAA